AUGACAGAGAAGAAAGUUAUUGCCUUUAAACUUGGUACAACAAAACGUUCAGCAGUUUUAGACACAACGCGACAUAUCGAUAAGAAAAAUAAUCAUUUUGAUGAUGCUACGCAUGAUGUCGAAAAAAGAGAAUAUAUUGUAGGAAUCGAUGAUAAAGAAGUGAAAAGUUUAGUGCCCCCUGUCGAAAAACAAAUACUUAUUAUACCAGUGCAACAAAAUGAACAUCAGAAAUUCUUUAAAUUAAAGCAGAGUUUACGUGAGCGAAUUAAGCCAAAACCCAGCGAAAAAACAACAGCAACGAUAACAGAAAAUGAAAUUGAACAGUUAGAUGUGGAAGCACGUCGUCUACUACAACUGGAUGCACAAUUAGCAAAUGAAGUAUGGAACGAACGAACCGAGAAUGGACAUCCACGAGUAGAACGAAUCGAUGUUGACACAGUGAAUACAUUUGCAACAUUGCUGACAGCAGAUGGACAAGACAAACACGAAGCACAAAAGGAAGAAGAGGUUGAACAAGCCGAUUAUGAUCAAGUGUCUAUAGAUGAAUUCGGUACAGUAAAGUUUCCAUUUGAUAUUUUGCAUGUCUGUUGA